GGUAGGUGGAGCUGUUGGCAGGAACAUUUGUCGAAGGAAGUAGAGUUUGUCUGAACAGAGUAGAAACAGGAGGGCGCUAGCACAUUGUGCUAGCAAAGGGCACAAUGUUUUUCUCCUUUAUCACCAUCACAAAUACGGAKUAAUGUUGAGGUAAUUAAAAAUGGCAAACAAAGCAGCGGCGACCUGGAGGAGCGUCAGUGGUUUCUUGCUGCCCCCUCUGCGGCUGCACCGGAUGUCAGGAGCCAGCAGUCGGCUCUGUAGUUCCRAGCAGGAAAAACCUAUAAAGAUAUCUGCAUCAAGGCCGGAGCCCAGCUCCACACAUGACUGGAUCGGUCCCCCAAACCCUCUGUCAAACCUGCGACCCAUAGUCUACCGCGUCAGUGAGAACGAGUCUGAUCUGGAAAAGCAGCUGAGAAAACUGAGGCAGGAGACGGAGGACUGGAAUCACGUAUUCUGGACMAGRCAGAACGUCAACUUCAGCAAGGAAAAAGAAGCUUUCAUCAUCUCACAGCUGAAGGCAAAAGGAUUGACUUUGCGUGGAGAAGAUGGCAGACGGCAUUCCCUAAGCAGCGAAGAGAUGGCUGUGUUUUACAAAAGCUUCUUGGACAAAAACAGAAUGCGGCAUGCAGAUUACAACAGAGAGUGGUACAGACGUAACUUCACCAUCACUUUACUCAUGGCUCGAAUUGCCCUCAACGACUUUUGGAGGACUGUAACUGCAAAACAUCGCAAGAARAAAAACAGCACUCCAACAAUUUAAUAAAUAAAUAUUUACRUACCAUC